UAUAAUCAUAUCGCAUGUGGUGAAAAUAUACUGUGAAAUAUCGCUACGAUUAUAGACUUGAAUCUGGAUCGACCAACCAAACUAAAUUUAUAUUUUAUUUGUUGGUGAGAUUCGUUUGGAAUAAAAUAUAUAGAUUUAAAUGCAUUUUUUCAAUGCAAACUUUGCUGAAUCAGUUCAGUAUUUUGGCUUGCGUUGUCAUGGUUAUUUCACUGGACGGCGUCUUGUGCGCACGCUCUCAGUCGAUCUUGAUUCCAGCUAGCGUUCGUUGGGUUUAGUCUAUUUGGGUUGGGUUUUGCGUUUGUCCGUGAGAGCUUUUCGUCUUUGGUUGGCAUCUUUCCUUGCUGAUGUAUAGGCCAAAUACAGCUGAUUAUGGCGACAAAAGGUAUGCUCCUAUCAUUCGCCCAUCAUCUGCUAGUGCAAGAAUACAAUCCGAUGCGGUAACAAUCACUCAAGACGUUUCCCGUCCGGCCACAGCUGCAGGGCACGCUGGUUUAACCACAAUCAAUAAAUCGGCUGAAUAUGCACAGCGAUCCAGGCCUUCGUCGAGGGAAGAUAAGUGCAGACUGGUCAAGCAGGACCGUAGACUGACUCUCAGUGAAAUAGACGGAAUAGGGGAACAUGCUGCAGAACUGACGAGACUCAACACACCCCAAUCAACAACAGGGAAAAUUAAAGUAGAGGAAAGAAUAACUCUUGAACAGCUUCACGCAAUCAAGGCAGCUUUUGAGGCUGCUGAUACUGAUGGAAGUGGAACCUUGGAUAUCGAUGAGUUCAAAAUGGUGGUCAAGAAUUCUCUCGGAAUCCGAGGUAGGCACGAAGAACAAAUUAUUGCUCUUUUUAUGAAAAUUGAUUCUUCCUCGGAUGGAGAAAUAGAUUGGGAUGAGUUUUGCACUUACAUGCAACUCGAGUACGCUGAAAAGGAAGAGGCAUUUUUGCGAUCAAAAAGAGUUAUGUUUACUCUUCCUGCUGUGUGUUCCACAAGCCAUUAUCAUAAAUCUCCUGUAUUGCGAAUGUUACAUAUUGGCGAUUCUACUUUUAUGUGCUGUAGCAAAGAAGGUUUGCUUUCGUUUUGGUCUCAUGAUAUGGAGUUGAAAAAAUCGAAAAUGAUUACUAUUGAUUCAGGUGGAAGCUCAUCAUUUUCUAUCAAACCAAGUAUUUGGGUUACUGAUAUAUCAGUUCUAGCCUCACAGAAUAAGAUAAUCAUCGGGACUGGUGAUCGCGAUAUACACUUUUACGAGCUUUCAACUCUUGAUCUUUGCUGUCGUGUGACGGGAUUCGACAGUAUUCCUUUGUGCAUGGAUGUUUGCGGAAUUGAUCAAGACGAAUGCAUUAUAACAUACGGCGAUGAUCAAGGCUGCGUAGGUAUCAUUGAAAUUCGUAAAUGUGGGGAAACAUUUAGAUUAUGGAAAAAGGCACCUUUGAUCAAUGGUAUGCCGACUGUAAUAAUACAAGAAAUAAGUUGCGAAAGCCAUAUUUAUUAUAUCAAAUGGAAAGUUCAUGACGAUUGGAUUUCUAAGUUAAAAUAUUACCACGAAUUACAUUCUGUCGUUUCAUCUUGCAAUCAAACUGCAAAUGCACUCGUUCGUGGCUGCACAAGGCCAAGCACAUCUCUGAAUACUGUUCCUGGUCGUGGUCUUUCCGCAGUGUUAAGCAAUCGUCAAGGUCAAGCAUCAAGGCAAGGUCGUAGGCAUCAUGGUCGUCAUUUACCUGAAGGAAAAAGAAGACAAGAUGCUGACCAAUCUGUUUUUAGUGUUUAUAAAGGUGUUUCCACAUUCGAUUUUUGUAAGGAAAGAAACAUCAUUGCUACUGGAGGCAUGGAUCGUAUAUUGCGACUUUGGAAUCCAUAUAUGCCACAAAAGCCUACUGGAUAUUUACGAGGUCACAAUACACCUUUGGUAUUUGUUGCCAUGUCGGGAGUGGAUGACAGAGUCUUCAGUGUAUCUGUUGAUAAAGUCGUUAAAGUAUGGGAUCUCGUGGAACAAACGUGUUUGGUUACUCUCAGUCCCAAACUCCAUAAAAUAACAGGAGAAAUAUUGACGUGCAGCUAUACCGAAUCGUGUAAAGCAGUUGCGAUUGUAACAGAUCAUAUCUCCCUACUCAAAAUUAGUCAAAAAGUUUAUGUUCAAGCUGAAAUGCCAACGAGUCAUAGCGAAUCUGUAACAUGCGUUGGUUAUAAUUCAAGCUUCAACCAUGUUAUUACAUGCUCGGAAGCAGGAGUUGUGAAAUUAUGGGAUUUUGAUAAUGGUUACCCCAUGUUUGAGUUUAACAAAGCACAUGGAGAUGAAGCCGUCACUUGUAUGACGUUUGAUCGUAGUGGACGACGCCUUGUCACUGGAGGUAGAGAUGGUACAAUAAGAAUUUGGAAUUACAAUAACGGACAUUGUCUACGUACUCUUGCUCCAGAAGGAGAAAGACAGGAAAUUUCAGCCUGUUUAUAUCUUGAGACGAAUAAAAAUAGCUUCAUAUGUGGAGUUGGUUGGGAUAAAAAAAUCAACAUCUAUCCAGAUGACGUACAAGAUAUAAGAGCUCUUCAAAGACCAGAAAAUAAAUGGCAAAAUUAUGAAAAGUUUUGUCACGAUGAGGAUAUUGUAUGCGCAGCACACAGCCCCCCUAAUUUCUUAGCGACAGCGUCUUAUGAAGGUUUGAUAAAAGUUUGGAAUUUUGUUUCAGGACAUAUUCUUUGUUCCUUACCGUAUCCAGGGAAACCUUCUUCCGAAAGUGAUGGGGAUUCAGGUUUCGAGAAUGAACAAGUACAACAGGCCGUUAGUAAACUUAUUUUUAUAAAGAAAAGAGUUGAAGGCAAAGUCCAGGCUCCUCUCAUAGCUGGUUGCACAAAUGGCACUUUGAUAUUUUGGAAUGUACAAGAAAGAGAAGUAUUCGCUCAUUGUGCGGUAACGCUAAAUUCUUGUGCUGUUACUAGUAUGGUCCUUACUGAAGAUGAAGAUGUAUUAUAUAUUGCUGAUGAACUUGGUUUCAUAAGAGUUUGGAAUAUAAGCCAAUAUGCUCAUGUCCAAUCAAAAAAGCGUAAUCAAUUACAAAAUCCACCUAAAUUGUUACGAGGUUGGAGAUGCCAUAUUAAAAGAAUCACAUCAAUAUGUUUAGUCGAACAACAUGCUACAAUAUUAACCUCCUCUACUGAUCGGACAGUUCGAAUAUGGAAACUAACUAGCGAGUAUGUUGGCACUUUUGGGCAAAGUAAUCCUUGGGAUCUUUAUGAUGAAUCGACUUGGUUUCAUCCCAUGGUGCCACAGGAGGUUUUAUUUGAUCCUUUGAGCAUGCCAGAUCAUCCUAUACUUAAAGAACAUCACACGGUAGAGGAAGUUGUCCACGAGGAAAGUUUGGAACCAUCGGAUAGCGAGGAAGAAAUAGAAGAACCGAACAGGGGGGUUAAAAAACAGGGUCAAUUUUUACCCAUAUUAGAAGAAGACGAAACUGAUAAAACAAAAUUAUCUGUCGAAAAGCCCAGCGUUAAGGCGCCAUCGAGACGAAGCUCUCAUACUGUACGAGGCAUUGGAGAAGACGCUUGGCGUCGACGUUUAUCACGCCGUUUAUCUCGUAUCAUGUUAACGACCCCAAAUGGCAUCAACAAAAAUGAGGAACAAAAUUUACUCAAUGAUGUUCGACGAACCAUGACUAAAAGCGCAGGAAAAAGAUUACGUCAUGAAAGAUUAUUGUCGCAGCAAAGGCAUUUAAAUUUACAUUUAGAUGCAGGAUCGCAUGCAUUUCAGUCUCUAAAAUGUUUUGACCUGAAAGACCCUUCCUCAGAUAUCUCUCAAGUCUAUACGGAUAAAUCUGCCGGAGACUCGGUCCGUUGGAAUAAAGAUAAUAUAAAGGAGCACAAUGAAGAGAUACAAUCUGUAACUGUUAUUUAAAUUUAAAAUUAUUUGUUUUCAACCAAAUGAAUUUUACAAUAUGCCAUUGAAAGCCAGACUUUCUAUGCACUUUACUUUCAUUGUUUAAAGAAGCCACUGGUCGAAGAUUCUUCAAUACUUGUUCGAGUGGUUUUGAAAAGCACUUUACUGCCCGUAGCGCAGCACUUAGAAAAUUGAAGCACCACCUCACUGUAUAAUAUUUAACCAUAAUUCCAUUUAUGCUUGCUGUCUUUUGUUUAAAGCAUUUACCAAGGCCUAUAAUGAGUAAACAUGUUUUUUUUUACCUAUCCAAGCCAGAUUUCUUACAAACUUUUGAGUUUUGCUCAAGGAAAGAUUCAUCCAGAUAUUUUUUUGAUGAGUAGUUCUAUUAAUUCGAAGCAAAUGGCUUGCACUUUUUUUUAUGUUUUUUUACAUAUUGUAGAUAUUACCUAUUGUAUUCACUGAAUUUUUUUCUUGCCAUAGUGUUCAGUUGCACUUCCAUGAAUUUCUGUGAAGCAAAUUUAAAACAUGACUUGUAGUUCUAUUAUAUUUUUUUUAUUAAUGUUUAAGUUUUAUCGAGAACUGUUUUACCUACUUACUGUUCCGUUUGAUUAUUUUAUUUAUAUGUUUUGCACAUGAUUAAAAAGGUACUGAAUAAGUUAUAUUUCAAUACACUGAAGUGUCCUUGGUGGCUUUUUUGGUCAAAAUAUUAUUUGACCAAAAUUUUUAUGAAAUGCUUCCAGGCAUGGCAGAAUCAUUUUAUGUGAAUGUCCACUACAUUUUCUUGCUUGCCUCUCCAAAGACUCUUCAACACUUUCGGCCCCCUGCCUUUCUAUGAAAAUACCUAGUUCUGCACUCUGCAAUAAUGAAAAAAAAAAUGAAAGCGAAUUAAUUGGCACCCCAUGGGGGGUCUGAGAGAGAGUUUGAGAACCCAUGGGUAACAACCAGGGUAAUGUUUACGCCUCAAUUUUGUAUAAUCGUAAAAUUAUGAUGAAUUUGCCUAAUGUUUUUAAGUUCAUACCAAAAUAAUUGUUUGAUUUUCCAUGUUUAAAGAUUUUAAUAUACUGUAUGUGAAAAUUUUCGGACAAUUUUUUUAAAGUUUUUAUUUUUAAACCUACGGUAAUUGUACUGAAAUAGAAAAUGCAUUUAUACGUUUUCAUUUUAAGACUGUCUAAUUAAUAUUCUCACAUGACAGAGUGAAUAGAAAAACCAAAGCCUCUCAAUGUGGAAUCUGUCCUAUUUUUGUUCUACAAUAGUCCUAUUUUUAAUAGUAAUUAAAGUAUAGUGUUUUUCUGAUAUUUGAUAUGAAAUAAAAUUUGGUUUAUUUUUUUUAG